AUGUGUUUAACAAGCACAACAGUAAGUACAAGAGUAAAUACAAUAGUAAAUAGGAAAGUAAAAACAAAUACACAAACUUCAUUAGUUGAAAACAAGGAAAAAGAAGUACAAAAUAGAUGGGAGAUUCAGGAAGUGCCGAUUUUAAGACUUUCGAUUCCGCCAGAAUCAUUAACACCACACGUUUUUAAUAUAGAGGAAUUAUCGAGUGAUUUAGAGAUAGAAAAAGACAUGUCUUUUAGUUCUAGAAAAAUAACAGAAAAGCAGGAUAUACAUUUGAAAACGUCUCGAUGUGAUUCCUCUGAUAUUGUAAAAGAUCUUUUAGAUGAAGAUUGGCAACAUGCGGCACAAACAGGUCAGAUUAUAGAGCUAGAAAAACUUGGAGAAGGUAUUAGUGGAAGUGUUAGCAAAUGCGUUUUAAAACAUACGAAAACAUUAUUCGCUCUCAAGACAAUAUCAGUUGAUGCGAAUCCAAAAACUCAACAACAGAUUUUAAGAGAACUUUCAAUCAACAAAACAUGCUCUUCAAAAUAUAUUGUUCAAUAUUAUGGUACUUUUAUGAAUGAAACAAUCUGUAGUAUUUCAAUGGCAAUGGAAUAUUGUGCAGGUGGCUCAUUGGAUAAGUUAUAUAAAAAAGCGAAAGCAAACGGUGCACGUAUUGGAGAGCAUCCUAUUCGAAAAAUUGCAGAAAGCAUAUUAAAAGGAUUAAGUUAUUUGCACAGUCGUAAAAUUAUUCAUAGAGAUAUUAAGCCUUCAAAUAUUUUAAUGACGUUUGAAGGGCAUGUAAAAUUAUGUGAUUUUGGAGUCUCCGGAGAGCUUGUAAAUUCCAUGGCAAAAACAUUUACAGGCACUUCCUAUUAUAUGGCACCUGAGAGAAUAAAAGGUGAAACAUAUAGUGUAACAUCAGACAUUUGGUCACUUGGAUUAACAUUAAUGGAAAUUUCUCAAAACAGAUUUCCUUUUCCACCAGAGGGCGAGCCACCUUUAGUACCUAUCGAACUUUUAAAUUAUAUUGUCAACAUUUCAAAUUUAGAACUUGUUGAUGAACCUGUUAAUAAAAUAAAAUGGUCAGAAAAUUUCAAACAUUUUUUAAAAAUCUGUUUGGAGAGAGAUGGAACAAAAAGACCUAACUCUCAACGAAUGUUAGAGCAUCCUUGGAUAGUGAGUUAUAGUAUUAUUGAAAUUGAUAUGGCAAAAUGGAUAAAACAAAUUUUAGAAUUACCUUUAUAA